CCGGCGGGACCAUGCCGGUGAUGAAGGGCUUGCUGGCCCCGCAGAACACCUUCCUGGACACCAUCGCCACCCGCUUCGAUGGCACGCACAGCAACUUCAUCCUGGCCAACGCGCAGCUCCGCCGCGGCUUCCCCAUCGUCUACUGCUCCGACGGCUUCUGCGACCUCACCGGCUUCGCCCGCACCGAGGUCAUGCAGAAGAACUGCAGCUGCCGCUUCCUCUGCGGGGCGGAGACCAGCGAGCCCGCGCUGCAGCGCAUCGAGAAGGCGCUGGACGGCAAGCAGGAGUACCAGGCCGAGGUCUGCUUCUACAAGAAGGGGGGAGCUGCCUUCUGGUGCCUGCUGGACAUCAUGCCCAUCAGGAACGAGAAGGGGGAGGUGGUGCUCUUCCUCUUCUCCUUCAAGGACAUCACGGAGAGCCGGGGCAAGAGCCACCCGGGCGACAAGAAGGAGGGUGAGCCGCGGGCAGAGAAGCAGCGGGGCCGGAAGGCCGGGAGCGCGCACCUGCGGGCAGCCCGGAGGCAGGGCCGCACCGUGCUGCACCGGCUCAGCAGCCAGUUCGCCCGGAGGGACCGCGCCGAGAUGAAAAUCAACCGCAACGUGUUUGAGAACAAGCCGUCCAUCCCCGAGUACAAAGUGGCCUCGGUGCAGAAGUCCCGCUUCAUCCUGCUCCACUACAGCGUCUUCAAGGCCCUCUGGGACUGGCUGAUCCUGCUGGCCACCUUCUACGUGGCCGUCACCGUCCCCUACAACGUCUGCUUCACGGGCACGGAGGACAGCCCCUCGGCCGCCCGCAGCACCAUCGUCAGCGACAUCGCCGUGGAGAUGCUCUUCAUCCUGGAUAUCGUCCUCAACUUCCGCACCACGUACGUGAGCCAGUCGGGGCAGGUGGUGUACGACCCCCGCUCCAUCUGCCUCCACUACGUGGCCACAUGGUUCUUCGUGGAUCUCGUCGCCGCCCUGCCCUUCGACCUGCUGUACCUGUUCAACGUCACCGUGACCUCGCUGGUGCACCUGCUGAAGACGGUGCGGCUGCUGCGGCUGCUGCGGCUGCUGCAGAAGCUGGACCGCUACUCGCAGUACAGUGCCAUGGUGCUGACGCUGCUCAUGUCCGUGUUCGCGCUGCUGGCGCACUGGAUGGCAUGCGUCUGGUACGUCAUCGGCCGCAAGGAGCUGGAGAGCAACGACCCCCUGGCCUGGGACAUCGGCUGGCUGCACGAGCUGGGCAAGAGGCUGGAGGCUCCCUACAUCAACGGCUCGGCGGGGGGCCCCUCCGUCCGCAGCGCCUACAUCGCCUCCCUCUACUUCACCCUCAGCAGCCUGACCAGCGUGGGCUUCGGCAACGUCUGCGCCAACACCGACGCCGAGAAGAUCUUCUCCAUCUGCACCAUGCUCAUCGGGGCGCUGAUGCACGCCGUGGUCUUCGGCAACGUCACGGCCAUCAUCCAGCGCAUGUACUCGCGCCGCUCGCUCUACCACACCCGCAUGAAGGACCUCAAGGACUUCAUCCGCGUCCACCGCCUCCCCCAGCAGCUCAAGCAGCGGAUGCUGGAGUAUUUCCAGACCACCUGGUCGGUGAACAACGGCAUCGACGUGAACGAGCUGCUGCACGACUUCCCCGACGAGCUGCGGGCGGACGUGGCCAUGCACCUGCACAAGGACAUCCUGCAGCUGCCCGUCUUCGGGGCGGCCAGCCGGGGCUGCCUGCGCUCCCUCUCGCUGCACAUCAAGACCUCGUUCUGCGCCCCGGGCGAGUACCUGCUGCGCCAGGGCGACGCGCUGCAGGCCGACUACUUCGUGUGCGCCGGCUCGCUGGAGGUGCUGCGGGACGGCGUGGUGCUGGCCCUCCUGGGCAAAGGGGAUUUGGUCGGGGCCGACCUGCCGAGCCAGGACCGAGUGGUCAAGACCAACGCGGACGUGAAGGCGCUGACCUACUGCGACCUGCAGUACAUCGGGCUGCGGGGGCUCUGCGAGGUGCUGCAGCUCUACCCCGAGUACGCCAGCAAGUUCAGGGCCGACAUCCACCAGGACCUCACCUUCAACCUGCGCGAGGGCAGCGAGCUGGAGGUGGGUGCGUGUCCUGCCCCCGCGCCGGCCCUGCCUCCCCCGCGGCUCCCCGGGAGCCGGAGCCGCCUGGGACCCGGGCUCCUCCGCUUCGCCCGCUCCCCGCGGCUGGCGCAGGCGGCGCAGCCGUGUGCUGACAGCGGUGCCGUCCCGGAGAAGCCCCUUCCCUCCAUCCUGGAGGACGGCGAGGAGCCCGAUGACGGCUUCCAGCGCUCGCCUGCCGCCGUCACCCACCGCACGCGGCUGCUGCCCAGCCCGGGGCGCCGCGGGUCGCUCAGCAGCCUGCUGGGUGACGAGCUGUGCCAGUUCUCAGCCCUGCGGCGCAACUGCUGCUCGCCAGCCCGCUGCGGCCAGGGCCACAGCCCCUCGCCGCGGUGCCGGCGGGACGCCCCGCUCGCGGACAGGGAGCCCGGCGGCGGCAGGAAGCCGGCCAAGCUGCUGAUCCCCUCGCUGCACAGCUACGGCCCCCCGGACCUCAGCCCCAGGGUGGUGGACGGCAUCGAGGACGACGGGGGCACGUCGGAGGCGCAGACCUUCUGCUUCCACGCGGACCCCCCGCUGCAGAGCACCUCCAGGGACUCCCCGACCGCAGGGACCGACCCGGCCAGCCCAGCCCUGCACACGGAGGCGGAGGAGAUAAAGCAGAACAUCCGCAGGCUCAACCAGGAGAUCAGCCACCUCAAGCGGGAGGUCUCGCACCUCAGCCGGGAGCUGCAGCGCAUGACGGAGCUGCUGCAGGGCCGCCUGGGCGCCCCGCCGCCCGCCCGCCCCCGCGUGCUGUAUUUCAGAGAUGACUACAUAAUACUGAAAUGGGAUUUGGGGGAGGUGUGGCACUUGUAA